CGGUUCUAGAACGAGCAUCAAGUUGGACGCUCAUUGGCCAGACGAGAAUACCGAGCACCUGCUAUUGUUAAUUUGGGACGAGAUUAAACGACAUCCAAGUACAUUUGAGGCAAGUAUUGUCUUUUUUUUUUUGUUUUUUCUUGAUGAGUUGAUCAGCUUUUUUAUUAAAAUAAUUCCUCGAAGCAGAAACCCACAGCUCGGCAAUUUUAUUUUAAAAUUUCGGAAAAGUGCCCGCAAUUUGAGACAACAAAUUGGGUUUCCAUGAAAAAUAAAUUGGAAAAUUGCAAGAUUCAUUAUAGAAGAACACGAAAUCUCUUAGGUAAAGAAGGCAAAACAACAGACACGGAGUAUUUAGAAAGACUUUGCCCCUUUUACGGGCUUUUGGAUAAAAUUUUUUGUGGUAAUUUGAAACCGACGGUCAUGAACUUCUUCGCAAAGCCCGUCGUAACAAACAAAGGCAGUGAGGGAGGUUUCCAUAAGCCUGAGGUCGUAACUGGAAAUCAUAAGAAUCAAACGAUGGGCUCAACAGCACAAUCUAGUCCUUCACGAUUCGUGAAUCCUUCUCCAUCUCCGCUUUUCGCCGGAAGAUCUCUCUCUCUUUCCAUGCCCGAUUUGCACACCCCAGGAACGGAUUUUAAAAAGCCUAACUUGGAGCCAGCUUUUGAAUUGACACAAUCGACAAUUGGAUGUUUAAUAAAAUUAAUUUUGAAAGAAACCGAAAAUCAUCCGGAUACACUUGAGAAGCUCGCAGAAGAAGCGUUCUAUAAAAACAUUUCUGCGAAUUGUCCUCGAUUGAAAAAGGCGGACUGGAUGAUACUAAAAAGCAAAGUGGAAAGCCUAAAAAACAGUUAUAUAAAGGCGCGUUUACGGAGAAAAGAAUAUGAAAACGUCACGUCGACUGAUGAAAAUCAGAAAGCGAUUACAGAGCCCGCGGAUCCAACUUGUCCAUGUUACGACAUUUUGGAUAAAAUUUUUGGUCCUGGUUUGGAAAAUUCUGAUGCUAUUACACAUCCGACUGCUAAUGAUAUAACAAAUGAGCAGGAAUUGAAAAAGACCAACCCGUUGUAUAAUGAAAUGUCGGAUAAAUCCAAUAAAGAGAUUUGUCUGGGUCCAAGUGAUUGUGAACAAGCAGCCAACAAAGCCCUUUCGAUGCCCAAUAUUAGUAUUGUUAUAAAGUCGCCAAAUAAGGCUGCACAACCAUUACCCUCUACAGAAAAAUCUACGGGAGUAUUAAUGCACAAAACAUUUUCCACAAAUUCGAUAUUCAAAAAAGGAGCAACAGUAGAAACUCCUCAAACCAUUAGCUCUGGGGAUACUGAACCACGCGAAAGGAUAUCUGCUGAUGCCGCUUUGCAAAAUGCAAGUGACGAAAUUGUUUCAGAUAAGAGCACCAUAUCAGAGCAUGUAAAUCAGGUUUAUCGUUACGAACUUGCGGAUUCAACCUUGGAUAGUAAAAAGCGUAACGUCAAUAUCCCCGACAAACCAGUUGCAAAUAAUGAACCGUCUCAGGUGUCUAAGAAUGACGGUCCAUUAACUCAAAAUCAUCAGCCUGCAAAGAUAUCGGUUAAGGCUUUUUCUAUGCCAAACAUGCCAAUCAUAAAAGGGAAAAGUUAUAACUCAGCAGCCGUGUUCCCUUCGCUUACACCCGCAGCCCAAAAGAUGUAUAAAAAAAUCAUGUCCAAUUUCCCAGAGCUAAGAAAGGCUAAAUGGGUAGCCAUUGAAAGCCAAAUGGAGAAUUUUCAGAAUAUGUGGAAAAGACAGGCUGGCGCAGGCAUGAUUAGCGACAACGUAACACGGGAAGCCGGGUACAGAAAUCAAGUUUGUCCUCUUUAUCAUAUUUUUGAUAAAAUUUAUGGUUCAGAAUCGGAGGAGAAGGUCAUCAACGUAGUGAAAUUUCGCAAUCGAUCAACCACAAGCAACAACUCGAGCGAAGACGAACUUAGAAGGGCUGAAUAUUCGAGCAAUGAGGAAUUCAAUGAAAGUCCAUUAAGUCCGGACGACUCAGACACAGCAACAUGUAGAGUUUUUUCAAUGCCAAAUAUGCAUAUCCUAAGAAAGGGGAGCGGAGAACAAACUCAGAUUCAUUCGGAAUCAUCAUUUGGUCUCACUGAUAAUUCACUAUCACAUCGCGAGUCAGAAGUGAGUUCCACUGCUACCUCACCAAAACCCCAUUCAUCACUAGCACAAGUGAUUGAUAAAAACAUUUACAUCCGUUCAUUGGCAUAUGAAACGAAGAAGUUAGAAGUUGAACAUGAGAAAUUGCGUUUGGAACAAAAAAAAUUCGAAUGGCAACAAGAAAGGGAAGGAACUGAACUGAAAAUAAAACAAAAAGAGAUCGACCAUGACUUUGAAUUGAAAAAAUUUGAAUUGAAUAAAUUGGAGCGAAUGGAGAAAGCGAAAAUGAAACUGCAAUUGGACCAUGAAGAAAGAAUAAAGAAAUAUGAAAUAAAAAUGAAGCUUCAAAAUUUUGGUGGACUUUAA